GGAGGACACAGUUCUCAGACAGAAGAGGCAUGUGCUACUACACUUGGACAGGAAGACAGAAAAGGACUGGAAAAAUCGAGACUACAGGACUACAGAACUCUUUUUCUCUUCGGCCACAAAGUAACUACCUGUGAUAAGCACCUUGAAGAAUUAUGGAGGUGGUUAAAAACAUUUUUACAGUUGCAAAAGUGAUCUAUGAUCAGUGUGACCAGGCUCAGUCCAAUAAGAAACGCUGUUAUCGUCUGAAGAAGAGAAUUGAGUUGCUCCUGAUUCCAACUGAGAAACUAAAAAAUGACCCAGAAAAAUCCAAAGAACUGGAAACUACUUUGUCUGCCCUGUUGUCAAACCUGGAAAAUGCUAAAAUCUGGGUGAUAAAGUACUCCAAACAAGGGUGGUGGCAAAACUUCCUCCAGGCUGGGGGCAUACAGAGCAAGUACAUUCACAUCAGUGACCAGCUGAGUGACACAGCACAGACUCUCCAGCUUCUGAUUCAGGUGGAACACAGACCAGAUUUUCUUAGAUACUUCAAUGAUGAAAUCCUGAGGAAGCAGAAUCUGAAAGACAUUGAAGAGGACCUGGAAAAGCUGAUGCCUCUUAUAGAGAGAGAAAUGACAUCUCUAAGUGACAAGGUUGAUUCGGUGAAAGUAGACCUACAGAAGUUGUUACAGGCUGAAAUAUGUCGACCGUGGGAUAUAAAGGAGAUUCGAGCUACAGAUCUAAGGCGUGGGGACCUGAUAGAGAUCCCUGGCAUGAUGACCAGUGACAACCACAGUCUGUACUUAGGAGAAUAUCACAAGAGCCCUGUUGUGAUCAAAGUCUUAAGAGGAGAGCUGAACAGAAACGAUGACUGUAUAAGGAAGAUUUUUCAAUCAGAGAGUGAAACCAUGAAAAGAUAUGAAAGCCCGAAUAUCUUACGCCUUUAUGGCAUCUGCAUCGAUAACUCAAGCAGAGACCCCUGCUACUCCCUUGUGAUGGAAUAUUGUGACAAAGGGACACUGAGAGAGCUGCUAAGACGAGAGCCAGGAUUGUCAUGGGAGCGCCGCAUCCAAAUGUCCCUAGAUGUGGCCAGAGCCUUAUACCGGUUACAUCAGACAGAGAGGAAAGCCGUUCUACACGGGAGCCUGAACAGCUCCAAGUUCUUGGUGGAUGGGAUGUACAGUGUGAAGUUAUCAGGGUUUGAGCUCUCCAAGACUGAAUCGUCUAUGAGAAGGAGUCCAGUGAAAAACAGAGCAGAAAUCAGUGAGCUGGUGUAUAUCGCCCCUGAGACCUUGCAGAACAUCAACGCCUAUGACAAAUGCAGUGAGAUUUACAGUUUAGGAGUAGUUAUUCUCGAAAUAGCUUUUGGUGGAUUCCCAUUACAGGGUUUAUCAGCAGAAAAGCCUGAAGACAUGCACCAAAACCUAUGGGCAAUGAUGAAUGAUGACACACCUGCCUCAUGUCCUCUUGUUCUUCGUGAUGUCAUCAAAAGGUGUCUAGUGAAAGAUCCAGAAAUUCGUCCUUCAGCUGGAGAAGUUGCAGAUUUGUUAAUUGCGUCAGAUGGAGACCUAGAAACUUCUGCCUGAGACCAAUGGGUGCUGUGUAUUCACAUUUCUCAGAAAAGAACCUAAACACUACAGAUCUGACAAUGUCCCAAGCAACGGAGCCUGCAGCAGUCACAUUGCUAACCAAAGAGAUGCUGAGAUUCUGUUGUAUGAGAGGACUGCACAUGUGCAGCUGUCCUGCUGCUGUAUACCACUAUUAAAUAACAUAUUAUUAUAAUGCAGACUGUAUAUUGAAAGGGAAGUUGAUCUAGAAGCAGGAGAGAAGCUCCUAAUACAUGUAGAAAGAAAUGCCCUACUUGGCUUUAUUCACAUAAGAGAAAUUCCACAUGGACAACAAUGCAGAUUCCAUGUCAAAUCUAUGGAAUCUGCAUCUCAUUAUUUCCAAAGGUAAUCUGCAUUGUAAUUUACAUUUGUAAGGCUCCACUUGGGUUUGUUUUAGGCUAAGUUUCCACUUG